AACAAAAGCUUUCGUUGAUUGGAAAGUGACCGUUGCUCAAAUGCUAACGAUUUUACAUGGUCGGACCCAAGGACUGCAAAAGCCAAUGCUUAGCUUUCAAGACCAAUAAACUUGUUCACCAGAUUAUAGUUGCGCCAAACAAACCUUGUGUCACUUCCUUAAUGUACAAAACCAACCAUGUAACAAACCCUCCACAUCUUCUUGAAGAGAUGGGAAAUUGUGUUCCAGUUCAUAAGACCCAAGACUCUGCUUCAAAUCUCAAAUGUUCAAGCAAUUCCCUGACAGAAUGCAUCCUGAUUGAACUCCCUGUUCGAGAAAACUCCCUUGGUACCGCCAUCCCCCGCGCGAGCAGUUUUCAAGAACCAAGUGGGAAAGAGUUUGAAUCUGAUCGUGAAGAUUUCUUCAGUGUCAAUGGUGAUCUUACCCCAUCUGCAAGCAACACCAUGAAAUAAAAACUGAUGCGAAAAAGCAGCUGAUUGAAUUGUUCCAUGAGAGCGACGGUGAUGGAUCAGAAGACGAACCUUCCAUUUUCGACCUGCCACAAAAUUCAGCAAAUAAAAGUUUAUCGUAUGAGUCUGUAGCGGACAUAGUUUUCAGAAGUGUGACAGUUCCGAAAACGAAUUCGAAUCCCAGCAGGACAAGAAAAGCUACACUGUUUGCACAAUAUUGCUGUCUGCCUAAACUGGUGCGGAGCCUAAGCUGUAGUGAGAGGAAGAGUCGUUGAUCGUCGUACUGAUGACAAUGAGUUCUGCUUCCAAAGAUUCAAGAAUGUCCAAUUACUAUUUGAGUAGUAGUAUUUUUUUUUUCCUUUUGUUGGAUGAAUUGUAACUCUGCAAAAAUCUAUGAAUAUAUAUAUCUUGGUGUUUGGUGAGUUGA